AUGAAUAAAAAUUUUGAGGAAUCCAAAACCCUUGCAAAAGAUAUUCAAAAAGGAUUAGAUGGUAAAAAUUUAAACGGGCUUCGUGUGAUGAUUGCUCCGACCUUUGUAAAUUUAGCAGGGGUAAAAUCUGUUGUUACAAAUAAAAAUAUUACAGUCGUAGCACAAAAUGUGCAUCAAGCGAGUAGGGGUGCUUAUACGGGGGAAAUUUCUACAGGAAUGUUGGAAAGUAUCGGUAUUAAAACAACCCUUAUAGGGCAUUCCGAAAGACGCAUUUAUUUUGGUGAAGAUGAUAUUUUGCUCAAAGAAAAAGUAGCAAAAGCUCUGGGUGAUAAUUUUGAAGUGCUUUAUUGUUUUGGGGAGCUAUUGGAAGAUAGAAAAGCGGAAAAGCAUUUUGAUGUUGUAAAGGCACAACUUAAAAAUGUUUUGUUUGAUUUACCCGCUGAUGAUUGGAAAAAUAUCAUUUUGGCUUAUGAACCUGUUUGGGCGAUUGGCACGGGGGAAACAGCUACCGCAGCACAAGCACAAGAAAUGCACGCUUUUAUCAGAAAAACAGUCGCCGAUGCUUAUGGUGACAAAAUUGCAGAUAAA